AUGGAGAAGUUAAAGAUAAAACACUUUAUGCCAAGCAUAAAACAGGUCAAGGACAUGAUCAUACAUGAAGUUACUUAUUUUGAUAAGCAUUCACAUACCCGGUUUAAAGUGACCUCAAGGCUGCUUCCACAUAAGGGGACAUGGAUCAACUUUUGGCGUGCUACUCCUUAUAAGUAUAAAUGGACUCAAGAAGAAGAAGAAAUAUUGCCUCAGCAUUACAAAGAUCGAUGUAAAGAAUUUAUGACUCGAGAUCCCAUUCCAGUUCAUUGGAGACCUGACACAAGACGUUACAGAGUGGAUGAAGACACUGGAGAAAGGAUCCCUAUUGUCAAUGCUGCUAUCCCUAUUGUCUACCCACAAGAGUGUAACACUGGACUCUGGGGAGGAGAGGGAAUUAUUUUUGGAUAUUACAGAAAAAUUGACCGCAAAAGACAGAAGAGACUUCCUACACUUCCUAGGAUAUGGCGCCCUUGUCUGACGAAGCGAGUCUUAUACAGUGAGAUCCUGGACAGAUGGAUGUCAAUUACCAUCACAAAACGCACCCUCUACCUCAUUGAUGAAAAUUUUGGCCUUGAUUUUUACAUUUUAAAGACUCACGAGGUAGAUCUGUGUUCAAAGCUGGGGAUAACACUAAAGAGAGAAAUGCUGCUAGCUCUGGCCAGGAAGUCCAUGUAUCCAGACGACCCUGUGAAGAGGGACAAGAUUUACAACAGAUACAAGGAGUUUGUGAUACCGGAAGAGGAAGCUGAAUGGAUAGGACUUGACACGCACGUUGCUGUGGAAAAAGCUCAAAAACAAAUUGCUGAAAAAAGCAAGCCAGUACCUCUGAAAGAUCUCUAUUUAGUUGAACUGGUCAAAAGGUUGCAGCUCAAAGCAACCAGUUAA